AUGGGACCUUUCAAACCUUCCUCAAACGGGCACAACUACAUUUUGGUUGCUGUGGACUAUGUGUCCAAAUGGAUUGAAGCCAUUCCCUGCCCAGCCUGUGAUGCCAAGGUUGUUAUCAAACUGUUCAGAACCAUCAUCUUUCCAAGAUACGGCAUCCCAAGGGUUGUUAUUUCGGAUGGAGGUUCCCAUUUCAUCAACAAGGUGUUUGAGAAGUUGAUGAAGAGUUAUGGAGUCAAGCACAAGGUGCCACGCCCUAUCACCCUCAAACCAGUGGGCAAGUUGAAGUCUCCAACAGACAGAUAA